AUGGAGCGAGACAUUCGACGAGACCGCGGCCAAUGGCGCGGAUGCCACACCUUCAACGACAUUGUUAUCGACGAUGAUUUUGGUGUUAGGGAUAAAAAGCGAAACGGCGGUUUGAAGAUGGGUAAUACCUACUAUUACUACUACGAGCUUGAUGGCACUCAUGAGACACACAAUCCUGCUCUCCCAACUACCACCCAGUGCCCUUACCUACCAGGCCAGACAGUCAACACGUUGGAUGUUCCCUAUGAGAUGGCUGAGCGCAAGCGAAGUGCGUCUUUAGGGUCCUUGCAUCACAGCGAGUACAAAACCAUGAACCCGGAGGACAAGUUCAUCACUCCUCGGCCCCCACCACCAGUCCCUGGUAGUCCUAGUCAGCGGCUCGGCUCUGCGCCUGCAGCUCCCCCAGUGAGGUCAAUCUCUCGAGCUGGUUCUGCAUCACCACCACCUACAUGGCGCCGCAUCUUCUCCAGAAAGCCCUCGACGAAUCGUAUUACGGAUCGCGCUCGCCAGCUGGAGGAAGAAGACCGACCGGUUUCCCCUUACUCCUAUGCCUACUCAGACGACAGCCAGAGCAUCUCUUCCUCCGAUGGCAGCCGAACCCGUGACCUCUCACCUGAGAGUCUGCGCCGAUUUCUUUCUGACGACAACCUCUUCGCUAGCGUCUCUGCCAGCGUCGAAGGUCGCCCAACUGUUCUUAUCCCUGAUGACAUCGUUGAGGAGAACGAGGAUGACGAAAACUUUGCUUCAUCAGCUCUCUCUGAAGUCAACCCUUACACUACUAGCCUGUCACCGCCACCCUUUAAGCGCUGCCACUCCGACAGCAGCAUGCCCACCGUUAGCACUGCCAGGGUUCUAACCCGUGAGAAAAAGUACUCCCCCCUUCCUCCUCUACCAUUGAACGAAUUGGAGGAAGCGCCCCCCGCAUCGCGCUUCUCUUUCUCAUCCGACUCGAGCGUUGCCUCCUCUGUCGGCCCCAUCUCUCCCGAGGAUGAGAUAGUUUCCUACUACGACUCAAAUGAGGACGAUCGCUACUCAAACGAGAGUGAUGCCAACUUUGUCCAACCUUUAUCGCUGCCUGGCACGAGGAAACCUUCUUUGGAACAAAACUACAGCUUGCCCCGUGCACCCGGCAUCAAGAAUCAUCCCGGCGUUACCACCGUCGUCUCCGCACCUGUCGACAAUGGCCUUGACGACUUGGUCAACGAGAUGGGCUGGAUGGUCGAUAUUAUCCGUGGAAAGGGCGUAUAA